CGUUUAUCGUCUUUUGCAUUUAAUCGACAAACCGCAUUGAUGUCAAACUGAAAGCAGGUCACAGACUCAUUUUGACCUAUGUUAUGCAUAAAACAGUUAAAAAAAACAAAAAAAAAACAAUUGGACUCUGAUGGAAGGGGACCUUUAAGGUCAAGAGUGAGACUUGUACCAAAUUGUACCACAGGGUUUCUUAAGAGUCUCUGCUUCCCCCCGCCCCAUUCUAAACUUAUACAAAGCUAUUUUCUAAUAAUCAUUUAGGCUUGACAAAAUAUUGGGCACAAUUCAGCGCUCACCUCAGACUCUACACAUUCAACAAAAACUCCUCAUGGAGGUGAUAUCAUGAGAGCUUUACAGUAAAGAAGCUGUCAUGACGUUUAAUCGGCAAGUGCGAUAAGUGCCACGAGAGUAUGAGGUUGAACGGUAGUAAAAAAAUAUAUAUAUUUGCUGAAACAAACUCGGAACUCUUGUUGCCCUAAGAUAACGUUAUAACCCAUCCAACGAACGAUGUUGCCAAAUGUCACAAAUAUUGAAACAACUCUCCUUUGGCAGAAAGAAUGCACUACCGAGAAUCCUCCGCAGUGAGCCCAGGUCAUUGCGGGCGCAUGCUUGGUACAGUGUGGAUGCCGUUCGCCCAUCAGAUGUCUCUGGGGUGUAGUCUGGCAGCACAGAGUCGUCUGACAGGAUGCUUUCCGAGUCCCACCCCGAUGGAGACCCGUCCUCCUCGUCAGGGCCUGCACCCAAGUGAGGGUCCUCUGCUGCAGUGGCCAUCUUCCAACAGCAGAGUCAAACAAGGAUACGCUCCAUAGAGGAGAAGAGUGAGGGAGAUCUGGAGAUGAAGGAAGAUCUUUGAUUCACAAGGAAGAGCAAGAGAUGAACAAUGAAGACUUUGGCAAAAGUACAAGGGAGGACUCAACAACUUAAGGGAUACAACGUUGACAAAGAUUUCAGACUGCAGCAAGGAGAAACUGUUGACUGAUGACAACAAUCAACACACCAAUAUGGAGUUCAAGUCGGCCAGGAGGUCCAAUGUGGCUGCAGGAUGCAAUGCAGAGUCGUACUCUGUGGCGACCGUCGAUGGUACCAUUAACCCGGCGCUGAGCCCGGUGUCCCCCCAGGCCUCAGGGAGCUCCAGCCCCGGCUCUGGAGUAUCACGGCACCCCGUCAGCGCCUUGAAGAAGUGGCUCACCACUCCGGUCCGCAAGCUAAGCUCCGACGCCAGAGGGGGAGCGGGGCGGGUCGAGAAGCAAAUGUGCAGGUCAGACGGGAGACAGCAGCCAUCGCUCCAUUCCCACAGCAGAGCUCAGCCAAGGCCUUUGGACCUGCAUGAUAGCGACUACACAAUCCUCCCCUCUGCAGAUUUGGUGUGGAAAGAUGGCCUGUUGAGUUGCGAAGCAUCGUCUCCUUUGCAGCCUUCCCAACAGGGAGACUUAUCGGACCUCCUGCAAGAAGGAGAUACACAAAGUCUUAGCCACACAUCCAGUGUCAACACUCUCCAAGGUGAGGACAACAGCUGCAAUGUGACCGAGGAUGCUGGUAGCCAGUGGUCUAUUGCAGUGGACAGCGAAGAAGAGAGGAGCAUUGCCUUUGAGAAGAGCUUAUAUGUGCUGACAGAGCUGAUAGAGACUGAGAGGUUGUAUGUGGAAGAUCUUGGGCUCAUUGUGCAGGGCUACAUGGCGACCAUGACCAAUCAGGGUGUUCCAGAAGACCUUAAAGGGAAAGACAGGAUUGUGUUUGGAAACAUCCAUCAGAUAUAUGACUGGCAUAAGAGUUAUUUCCUGGGCGAGCUGGAAAAAUGUGUAGCUGAUCCGGACACGUUGGCCCAGCUCUUCAUCAAGCAUGAACGUCGUCUUCACAUGUAUGUGGUUUAUUGUCAGAACAAGCCCAAAUCAGAGCACGUUGUCUCUGAGUACAUUGAGACCUUCUUUGAAGAUCUCAGGCAGCAGUUGGGUCACAGGCUGCAGCUCAAUGACCUGUUGAUCAAACCUGUCCAACGGAUCAUGAAGUAUCAGCUUCUGCUGAAGGACUUCCUAAAGUAUUACAGCAAAGCAGGACGGGAUGUAGCGCAACUCCAGAGGGCAGUGGAGGUGACAUGUUUUGUGCCUAAACGAUGCAACGACAUGAUGAACGUGGGCAGGCUGCAAGGCUUUGGGGGGAAAAUCACGGCUCAGGGGAAGCUCCUCCAGCAGGACACCUUCUCUGUGAGCGAGCAGGAAGGCUGCUUCCUGUCCAGACCUAAGGAGAGGAGGGUCUUCCUGUUUGAGCAGCUGGUCAUCUUCAGCGAGCCAAUCGAUAAGAAAAAGGGCUUUUCUUUACCAGGCUAUAAUUUUAAAAACAGCAUAAAGGUCAGCUGCUUAGGCGUGGAGCAGAAUUCCAGGGAGGGCCCGAGCUCUCUCGUCCUGACGUCUCGUGGGACAAACGGCAAUGUGACUCGAUUUAUGAUGCGUGCGUCUACUCCGGAAAUACAACAAGCUUGGCUCAGUGAUGUGGUGCAGAUUUUAGAGACUCAAAGGAACUUCCUCAAUGCCCUUCAGUCUCCUAUUGAGUACCAACGAAGGGAGAGCAAAUCAAACAGCCUGGGCAGGAACAUGAAGUCUGCAAGUGGCCUGCAGCCUUACUCGUCAGCAUCUAUGGACCGCCACCAGCAGCUCGGCCUACUGUCUUACAACACCUCCCUUCCAUCGCUGCAUCCGCCCCACCACAGCCCAGCUGCGAAAGCAGUUUCUAAUCCGUGUGCCAUGACCCAUCAAGUGGCCCACCUUCAGCUCUCGUCACAGCCGCAGCUCACUUUGAGUCCAAAAGCGACAGGAAGCCACAGGACAACCAUUUCUCUGCCACCCUGCAGCCAGCACAGCAUGCAGGUUGUGUCUGCCGCUUUCCAGGCGACCACUCUUCAUGACAGUGAAACUUGAGUGCAUCAGCCAAAAACACGAGAGUGCUGGCAUCUUAUGAGUACUUCUGGAUGGAGAGCAUGUUGAGAGCGCAAUGGAAAGCUCACAGAGUCUUUGUUAUCACGCCAUGUACUACUAACUACCUUUUGAAUGGCAUUCAAAGACAAUUCGGUUUCCUAUAUACAUGGCUGCAUACAUGGGGUGUUUAGAUGAGAACUGGUAUUUAAAGCAUGGCAGAUUUCCAUGGAAAUUUCCUCUUUUGUUAUUUUUGUAAUGCAUCAUUUUUUACAUGGGACCAAUUCUACUUUAUUCCUCCGAUGAAUUGACACCUCAAGUCCCCUUCCUCAAAUGAAUAAACUGUUUAUUUUUACCUUGCAAUUUAGCAUAAUAGCUGUGUUUACACUUUGGUGGGCUGUUUCAGUGCAGCUAUUGUCAGGUUGCUAUCUGAACCAAACACAUUUGUGCUUGUGUCACCGAGCAGAACGAAGAGAGAGGGAAUGGAGAAAGGCGUGCUCAUCACCUACGACUCGUAUCGUGGCGAGCUCAGAGUUAUAAAUGCAAUUCUGUGUUGCUUUCUUUAUGCUGUAAGUAAAAAAAAAUCAUUAUUAAAAGGAAACAUUUCUCCAAAUAAUCCAGCAUUUACUCCCUGCAAAGUGGAAAACAGCUACUCAAAUAUCUGUCCUGGCUGCAAUAAGUCGACAUUAAUAAUAAAAAAAACGGAUGCACACUACAAUCGGUUGUAUUUGGUGUUUAUGUGAAGAGACUCACCUCUCCAGUACAUGCAUUCAUUUUCAGCAGCCCCUCUCUCAACAGUAUGUCUGGCCAUUAAAUGGUGAGUAGUUUUAUUUAGUUUAACUACAAUAAUUAACCUACUAAAAAGGGUGACCACCUCCCCAAUUAAAUGUUAUUUCUGCCAUGUGUCAUCAAAGGGUGAGUCAUUUUAUGCUAUCAGUGUGUAACUUUUAUUUAUAAUUUUGUCGUUCCUAGCCCUCCAUAUUG